AUGGCGGCCUAUCGUCAGUCUGCUGCGAUGAUCACAGCACGACAGGCCGCAUACUCGGCCAUUGGCUUGUCAUCAAUAUGCGUCGUCAUGACGGUUCUCUACAUGCCGGUGUUCAUCUCGAAAGUGCAAUCUAUACAGGACCAUCUGUCCAGAAAUAUGGAAGACUUCAAUUUGAUGGAGAAAGAGACCUGGAGCCAUCUCAAUGAAGCGAGAGAGGAUCUGCACGCUAAGACAAUCUCCAAACGUCAAAUAGAUUUAUGUGAAUGCCUAGCGUCGAAUCCGUGUCCACCAGGUGAAAAAGGACGUCCAGGUUUCGAUGGCAUGGACGGAGCACCCGGGGAACCAGGAACGCCUGGAGAGCCUGGCCUACCAGGAAUCGUACCACCUGUUGAGCCCAGUACCAGUGGAUGCCGCUCGUGCCCUCCUGGAAGUAAAGGACCGCCAGGCUACCCCGGACAGCCAGGUCCGCAAGGAUUGCCUGGUCCGGAAGGACCGCCAGGAACGGAGGGUCGCCCAGGAGCAGAGGGUCCUCCUGGUCCCCAUGGACCGAUGGGUCCGAUGGGUGAAAGCGGCAAGGACGGUGAGCCUGGUCCUCCAGGACAGGAGGGCAUACACGGCGAGAAAGGACCUCCGGGACCUCCUGGUGAAAAUGGUUUGGUCGGCUCUCCAGGUAAUACUGGACAUCCUGGACCACCUGGACAACCGGGACCUGUUGGUAUCCCUGGAAAGCCAGGACCAGAUGGAGAUGCAGGCAUGCCCGGAUUCUUUGGCGCUAUCGGAAAGCCUGGUGAACCAGGAGCACCUGGAGAAGACGCUAACUACUGCCGCUGCCCAGGUCGUCGCAAAGGUGGCAGUCUCAGGCGAUUCAGCUAG